UUAGUUUCGUCCUCAAGGCAUGUCAUAAARCAUGAGUCUUCAAGCCAUUAUCCAUGGCUUCUUCCUUAUCAAGUCAAUCAUCGUCCAGAAAUUCUCAAUACCCUCACAAACCGUACGYUAUCCGUUGGUCACGGGGCUUCCUUUAAAUGCCGUGUAGCUGGGAACCCAAAACCCCGCAUCAAAUGGAAGAAAAAUGGAAUCACUAUCGACGAAAACAAAAGGAUCAAAGUACGAUUUUUCGAUUGGGGAUCACGCCUGCGCAUUAGAAACAUACAGAAGUCCGAUGCUGGGGUAUACAGGUGUAUAGCCAAAAACCCGCAUGGUAAUAGGGUUUCUUCCCCUGCUUACGUUAAGAUCAGAGAUAAUAAGAAAGGAAGGUGUGAGGUGUACACUGGAUCGCUAUGCAACACCAACCUGUUCCAUCUYUCAUACGGACAAAGUCAGMACAAAAUUGAAAAGUCGAUCUCAAAAACURUCAACUCACUCAAAGGCAUUGCUAGUCCAAAAUGCAUAAAACAGCUCASCCGAUAUUUAUGCCGCAAGAAUUACCCAUCAUGCACUUUGAACAGCAACAAUAAACCUCGAAAGGUGUGCCGGGAAGACUGCCAUGAACUGGAAAAAAGAGCGUGUCGUAAAGACAUUCCACGAUUUGGUCCAUUCUGGCGCAGGAUAGUCACGUGCGCGAAUUUGCCAUCGGUUGCCAGGCAACCUGAUUCCAACUGCCAGCAGGUUUUUGGCUAUAACAAACCUAUACACAAGAAGACCAUCUCUCCUAGUGUUAAACCACCACCAGACUAUACCCACCAUCAUCUAAGUAAUCAAUGUACAAGUUAUAAUGGUCAAUUCUGCAAGGAAUACAUUACUUCUGGUACAACAAUURUCAUUCAUGGAAAUCAAACACAAAUUAAAGCUGAGAAGAGACUUGGUCGAUUGUUUCAUCGACUUCAGGGAUACAUAUCAAGCAACUGUGGGAUUUAUCUCAAGAAAGCAUUAUGUUACCACGUAUUUUCUCCCUGUUCUAAUGACCCCGUUCCAAAACCACAGCAUAUUUGCAGACUUCAGUGUGAGAUACUUCAAGGGAGAGUGUGCUCAAAGGAAUUUCAACUCGCUAAAGUCAUAAAGGAAGACACGUUUGAUCUACCAAGGUGUUACACGCUUCCACCAAACCAAUAUAACAGCAAAAAACAACAAUGCAUCAGCCUUGGAAUCAAUGUAAAUGACCCAGCCAACAGCGAUUUAGACAGAUGUUCAGCGUUUCUGAAAAGAACAAAGAAAAAAGAUUUACACCAUUCUACUAUCAAGCCGUUAAGCACCAAAUACAAAUUAUGUUCAAAAGAACUGUUUGAUUCUCCUUUGAUGGCCAAACUACCAAAUGACAUCACAAAAUUAUUGCUAACUGUUCAAAGUAAAGUUUUCCAAAGCCAAAUUGUAGAAACAAAAAGAAAUGCCAAAACUGUUUAUUGCAUACCGCUCAAUACAACCCUUAAAUCUCUUACUUGGGACUGGAAACAUUAUCACAACACUUCACCACUACCUUACGUCCAAAUUCAACCGCGAAGCAUCAACAUUCCUGGGAUCGAGGUCACAAUUGAUCGUUUUUCAUCUGUUGAAACGAUUCUCGUUCCUUUUGGUACAGCGGAUUUAUACAAAGCGCAUGCGAAGAUUCACCUUGAAAACGUCACGUUCUUUUAUCGAUACCAUUCCCCUAAAGGAACGUUCAUGGCUAAAGGAAAAUACCGUCUCUGCGAGUCUGUUUUUGAUGUUGUCUUGGUUACUCUUCCUAAUGGUGCGAUGAGGAUCACGGGAAAUUCAAGCAKUCCWYUAGAUAUAAACACAGUCGAGAGAGUCUUUGGAUUGGCUAAGACAUCUUCAAGUAUCCAUGACGUCAUUCGACGGUCAGAGCUUCUAUUGAUGCGACUGGUUAACCCAUCUAUCGAGGUCUACAUCGAUAAGGAUCUUACUGUCAAGUUCAGUGGUCAGUCGUAUUUGGGAGCUGAAGGGCUUCCAACUUUCUUGGAAUUCCACUGUGGGAAGCUUUCAAACUCGGAUGUACUGGYGACAAGUCUGUCAACUCAAGGUCUUGCAUUUAACGAGGCGUUGAGGAUAUACGCUGGGGUUAACCUCCCAUCAUUUGAUUGGAUGAGGCAGAGCAGUAAUGAGUCAAAGGUUGGCGUCCUACUAUCAACAGCAAAUCUACAAGCCGAUUCUAACCUUCAAAUAAAAGGAGAACCACUGAACAGUAGCCUUGAAGGCUCCAUCCCUGCUGGACUCACAAUGGUGGCACAAACUCGAGUUCCAGCUCACUGUAAAGGGAAUCGAUUUUGUGAACUUGUGAAAGUGAUUUUUGGACAAGACAGUUUGUUCAAAGUGAAGAUCAUAUCAAAUGCAGAUCAAGUGUCGUUUGACAUUGGUUUCGACAAGGCAUCCCAUCAUGCUUUGAUCAAGUACAAGACAGUUAAACUCUCAAUGAACGUUGUCAAAGGGAAUAUGACACUUAUUGAUGUCCUUCCCUUGCUGAGCUUCAAAGCCAACGGUUUUAUUAAAAUGUCAAACACAAGCAAAGAAAACCUCUUCUUGGAUGGAAAACUAGAUUAUGAUGGCGUCCUGUCCAAGCUUAACGGCGUUUUUCAGGUCAAUCAGGAUUGGGUAAACGCACUUGGCAUCAAAUACCUAACACUUAGAAACCUUCAUGCAAGAUUUUCACUUCCAACUGGCCCAUCAAAUUCAGAAACUAAACAUGUACUGAAUACAAGAGGUGAUCUAUAUUUUGGUGCUGGUUGCCCGCAAUUUAACAAGUCGCCAACAAAGGCGAGCUGUAUCACUGGUCARGUGUUUCUUGGUCUUUCGCAAGACAUCAGUCAACAUUAUUUUUAUGGCAARUUAGGACCUGUCAAUCUWAAGCAACUWUUUGCGGCGUAUGGUUAUGAUGUCAAACUACCUCAUGCAGUCGAAACAAUAGGAUUUCCAAAAGGUCUAAAGAUAUCUGUUGCAAGAACAUCACAUGAUGAGCGAAUCGAUGGUGGCCCAUUAGUAAAUCCUGGUUUACUGAUGACUGGUAGACUUCGUGUUCUUGGAAUAGAAACUGACGCAACUGUGUCGCUUACACCUAGAGAAUUUCUGAUCGACGCUGAUGUCACUGGUGAUCCAAUUGAAAGAUUUAAGCAAGCUGAUUUCGCCAAGAAUAAUAAACAAACCAAAACAAAACUGUACAUGAAAACGAGAAUGAAUCCCAGUGCUUUCGUUAAGAUUAACAUUAAUGGCUAUUCUCGGAUAUUUGGAAUAUUCGAUGCAGUUGACAUAUUGGUCAGCGGUGAGACCACCCAGAUUCGAAUGGUGGCUGAGAUUCAUAGAUCCAUUUAUGCGCAUGUCYAUYUGACRUCAAAUUACAGCWYAAACAGAAAUAAAACCCAUAUGGAAGCCAAGAUAAUCUUCAGAAACGAACUCUCAAAGCUCACUCGUUUGGCCUCCAAGCACAUAGUCAACAUGCUUGAGACUGAAAUGUCAAAAAUCAAGAUGGCGGAAAAAGAGGUCAAACAGCGUUCAAAAGAUUGCGUCAAAUCAUCGAAAAAACAAUGCUCAAAGUGCAAAAACCAACCUGWCUGCUUCAAUACGUUAGUAACCUGCUACAAAACUACUCAGCCUAACAAGAAAUCUACGCUACUGUCAGUAUGUCAAAGACUUUUAGUGAAUCCAAAACUUGGAGAUAAUAUCACGUGCCAAGCGUUCAGAGCAGUGAUUGGCUCAUAUCCAAACAACUCAUGCGUGUCAUAUCACGAGGCAACGAAAAAGUUGCAGAAACUACAGCGUGGACUAAAGUGGGUGCGACAAGCACGUGCUCUCAUCUCGGGUAAUUUAUUCAACCUUCAUAGCAUUUCAUUCGAGGCCGAAGUCUUACCGACAGAUCUCCGGAACACAGUCGUCGAUACUACAUUUGAUGUUACCAUAUUUGGGCAACGGAAUACUCUUCGGGGUUUAAGGCUUCAUUUAGACUCAUUUUCCAGGCUUGCUUCCGAAAUUGCUAAAAAGGCUUUUCUUUGGUAUAACAAACGAUAUGGCCUUUAUGGAAACUAAAUUCGGAUCUUUGGAGCGUUCAUGGGAACUAAACUGUGACCUUCGGGACGAUAACACAUGGAAGCUAGAGUGGGACCUUUGGAACGUUUAUGCGAACUAAAAUGGAACCUUUGCAAUGCUCAUGGGAGCUAAACUAGGACCUUUGGAAACAUGUUCAUGUUAGCGGUUUCUGUUGAAAAUUUCCCCAUGUAAAUAUUAUAGUUCUGAACAUGGCAAGGAACGAUUUAAUAAAAAAUAGAAAUAAAUUUCGGAAGAUUAUCGCGGUA